AUGACGUCUAGCUACCGACUUGUGAGCGUUGUCCUUCUUGUCGCUUGGCUCUUCUGCUUUGCUGCGGGAGAAAACUUGGGCGACGCUGUUCUAAGCGAUAAAGACCGCGAGAUGCUGCAGCUCUCACGCAGAUCUCAGGCUAUUCGACACAACGCCGUUGGCGCCAUGAUGGAGCCUGCGACACUUGCAGCGAACCUGGACGUCAAGGACUUUGCCAACCGUGCACGAGAAAUCGCCCAGAAGCGAGCGGUCUUUGUGGGUACGCGCCACCAGCUCAUCUGGGGCCCAAAGAUGGUCGGCGACCGGCACACGUACUUCUACACGGUGAUCCAUCCCAUCGAACCUCUGGGCGCCGACAUGAGGCUGCAGGACAAGAUGGCCACGAUUCUCAUGCGGUAUUCGACCCAAACGGGUCGUAGCAGUGUUGUCCAUGUGGGCGCUAUUAAGCAUGACCCUAGGGUGGUGUGGGACUUUCAACCGCUAUCACGCAUCCUAGCCCACUACUAG